AUGGCGAGCGAUAAAUGUUGUGACCCUCCUUACGGAGAUGUCUUCUUGAAGCAGUCACUAGACGCUAACGAAAAGACCCAACUUCUAAACGCAAAGUGGUACUCUGUUCAUCAUUACGCAUUUCCGAGCAAUGGUAAAGAUGAAACCUCUAAACAAAAAUCACUCGCAGCUGUCCCUCUUGUCGACCCCAGCAACAUCGGAAAAACCAUUCAAGCUCAUGCAGUUUCAAAAUUGCAUAGAGAAUCCUGCGAGGCUGCCCACAACUUUAUUUCUGUGAUUACCGGAGACAAAAAGGACAUAGUAUGCAGUCUAUCGAGCGCACAUGAACAGACCGUUGAGAAAAACCGGAAAAUAUUAGUUGCUGUUGUGGACACUUUGAUAUUGUGCGGAAAGCAGAAUAUUGCGAUUCGGGGUCACCAAGACGACAGGAGUAACUUCGCCGCAAUUCUUCAACUUCAGGCAAAGCACAAUACAGUCUUACGGGACCACCUUGAGCACGGCAAUCCUCGUACGAAAUACACCUCGCCCGAAAUUCAAAACGAGUUAGUCUCUAUAUGUGGCGAGAUCAUCAGUAAAACAAUUGUGGAGGCAUGCAACGCCGCUCCAUUCUUCGGCUUUAUUGCCGACGAGGCCACAGAUGCGGCGACCAUGGAGCAAAUGGCUAUUGUUCUUAGGUUGAGAAACAAAAGCGUACUACGACAGUGCACGUUCCCGGUCUGCGAGGAUUUCUUGUGCUAUGCAAACUGUUCUGCCACCACCGGCGAGACUCUCGUGAAUGCCUUUCUUCAAAACCCCGAGACAGCUGGAGUGAACCAUCAGAAAAUGCGAGUACAAGGGUAUGACGGCGCUGCCAAUAUGGCCGGGCAAUAUCGAGGGGUAUAG